AUGGCACCACAAUUUCCACCAGAUAUUCUUUCUGUUAUAUUCGAACAUUUUAAAGAUGAAUAUGCUGCGUUAUUCAAUUUUCUUCAAGUGAAUAAAUUCUGGUGUGAAGCUGUUGUUCCCAUUUUAUGGAGAAAUCCAUUAAAAAAUCAAUAUGAAAAUGGAAAAAAUCAAAUACCCAUUAUGGUGAAGGGUAGUCACAGUUUAAUGUUUUGUGUUAGGAAAGAAUCAAUUUGUUUACUCAGGACUUUAUUAACUUGUCUUCCAAAUGAAUCAAAAAACCUUUUAUCUCAAAAUGGUUAUGAAUUAAGUAAUGAAAUCCUUCGACAACCAAUUUUUGAUUAUGCAAAUUAUUGUCGAUGUAUUUGUACAUCAGACGUUUCAAUGCUCAUUUGGAGUGGAAUAAAUAAAAGAUAUAUAAGUCAUCCCUCAUUUAAUUUUAGAUGUAGUUCAUAUAUUUCACCAACAAUUUUUUAUGGAUUAGCUCAAAUUUGUCGCAAUAUCGAAGAUCUCACUGUAGAAUUUUGUGAUAGAGAUCAUGAUGGUGUAAAUUCCUUAAUCCGAGUUCAAAAAGAAAUGAAAUAUUUUGAAUGCAAACUUAUUAAUGGCGGUGAAGAACAAUGUUGUCAAUUACUUGGCAAUGCUUUGAAAUCACAGGCACAUUCUUUAUUAAAACUUGAUCUGGGAAAACAAAGUUGUAUACCAUUAAUAGUCAUUCCAGAUUUCACCUACUUAUGUUAUCUUAGAUUUGGACUUUCAUCUGAAAUCUCUGAAGAAACUGCUGAAUAUUUGAAAAAGGCUAAAUUACCAAAUCUUGUAACUCUCAUAAUAGAUGGAGAUCCGGUUCGAUCGGAUAUACUUGAAUCAUUAAUCAUUGGUACUAAUGGAAACUUUCAAAAACUUCAUAUGAGCGGAUGGUGUCCAGAUGGUAUAGAUGAUCCGGGAUACAUCUUACCAGUUUUAAGUGGAUAUUGUCCAAAACUCAAAAUUCUCACGAUUUGGAUUGAUGAAGAUGAUUAUGAAGAAUUAGAAGUUUUGUUAAAUAUAUGUCAAGAAUUGGAAUGUAUAUAUUUGCGAUGUGCUAACAUGUACACGGAUGAGCCUGAACUCUUUAAUAUUCUAAAACGUGUUGAAAUGCCUAAUUUAAGCAAGUUAAAACUUGAAGAUUGUUGGUUAGUUGAUCAAGCUUAUGCUUUCGAAGAAUUUUUAAGAUGCAGGAAGAAUAGGGAGGAUGUGAAACCAAUUUCUUUAGAAGUAGUUGGAUAUAUUAAUUCAGAAAUGUAUUUGGAUGUUUUGUCAUUGUAUCGAUGGUAUGGGGUGUUAAAAGAGACUAAAGUUUUAGUAUAUGGAGAAGAUUCCGCUCCGGAUGACAUUCUUCCACCUUGGAAGGUUGCUGCAAAGUUUUGA